CUUUAAGCGGCAGGUGCGGGGGAGCGGAGCACACGCGUAAGCGGCGGCUGCUGCGGCCCGGCGGUAGCGGCGGCGGGCGCCUUUCGGCUCGGCGGGAGCCGCGGCGGAGCGGAGCAUGUCGGUGGCGACCGGGGGCAGCGAGGCGGCGGCGGCAGCAGCGGGCGGAGGCGGCGGGAACCGCGUUUUCUUCCAGAGCCCCCGUGGCGGCGGCGGGAGCGGCGGCUCCUCCGGCAGCUCCUCCCGGGAGGACUCGGUGUCGGCAGCGGCGGCCGUGGUGCAGGUCCAGCAGCGGCGCCACCAGCAAGGAAAAGUGACGGUGAAAUACGAUCGGAAGGAGCUGCGGAAGCGGCUGGUGCUGGAGGAGUGGAUCGUGGAGCAGCUGGGGCAGCUCUACGGCUGCGAGGAAGAAGAAAUGCCAGAAGUAGAAAUUGACAUUGAUGACCUUCUUGAUGCAGCCAAUGAAGAGGAGAGAGCUCUCAAAUUGCAGGAAACUCUUGUAGAUUGCUACAAACCAACAGAGGAAUUUAUCAAAGAGCUGCUAACUCGGAUAAGAGGAAUGAGGAAACUCAGUCCCCCUCAAAAGAAGAGUAUAUAAAUAACUCAAAGUAAUAGCACUCUGUAAAAGACAUGGCAAGGGAAAUGGGACUUUGAAUACAAGACCUUUAUUAAAAUAAUUGUCUUUCUCCA